CCUCCUUCUCCUUCUCCUCCUCUUCCUUCCACACUCCAUUCCUCCUGUCCCUUGUCGACCACCGCCAUAUAUACCACCAGCAGUAAAUAAAAAGCUGGUAGGUGCUUUUCGUCUGAUCGGGAUAUGGUCAUACUUAUUUGAACGGCUCACUAAGGGCGCCGGUAGCCUGUCGGGAGCAAAACGAUACCUUCUUGCCUGGUCACGACCGCGCGGAGUCGCUUUUACAAGCACAGUAUAGACUUAUAGAGUUCUCAGGGAUAAUAUCCCGGCCCCGCUGGACUGGACAACAUGCCGCCGGUCAAACGCAAAGCUUUAGAUAGUGGUCGAUCGAGUCGAGCCUCGAAGCGCGCCACUCCCGUGCCUGAUAUCAGUAGCGGGGAUGAAUACUCGGACUACGAGGAGGAGGAGGUCAAGGAAGAUAACCUGAAAGAUGUCGUGGAGAAUUUCAACAUCGAGCAUUUCAGCAAAAAGGGCGGCGGCGCCAUUCAGAAGCAGGACCCCAACUUCGGCUACAAGGACUUCUCGUCCCUGGCGUUGAAGCCCGACCACGCGAAUCGCCCCCUCUGGAUCGAUCCGCUGAAGGGCACCAUCACCCUGGAGAGUUUCUCGCCGCUCGCGCCCCAGGCCCAGGACUUCCUCACCACCAUCGCCGAACCGCUCUCCCGGCCGACGCAUCUCCACGAGUACCGGCUGACGGGAAACAGUCUGUAUGCCGCCGUGUCGGUCGGCCUGCAGCCGCAGGAUAUCAUCAACUUCCUCGAUCGGUUGUCGAAAACGCCGCUCCCGGAGACCAUCAAGUCGUUCAUCAUCGAUUUCACCAAGUCGUACGGAAAGAUCAAGGUGGUCUUGAAGCAUAACCGGUUCUUUGUGGAGAGUACCGAUCCGGCGAUGCUGCAGAUGCUGCUCCAGGAUGAGGUUAUCGGGCCCCAGAGAUUGCAGGGGUCGGAGGGUAUCAUUCAGCAGGCGGCGCCGAAGAUGGGCGGUUUGGUUAUCCCCGGGACCAAGGAUGCGGCGGGUGUGAAGCAAACCACGGACCAGAAACCGGCUGAGGACGCGGCGGGGGAGGCUCGUCGCGAGGACGAUAUCCUUCUCGCCAUCCGGGACGACGACGAUGAUGAUGAGGAACAAGCACAGGUGCACAGUUUUGAGAUUCCGAACGAAGCCGUCGAACCGGUCAAGGCGCGCUGUCAGGCCAUGGGUUGCCCGGCGUUGGAGGAGUAUGACUUCCGGAACGACGAGAUCAACCCGACGCUGGAUAUCGACCUGAAGCCCAACGCGCGGAUUCGAAGUUACCAGGAGAAGAGCUUGAGUAAGAUGUUCGGUAACGGACGUGCUAAGAGUGGCAUCAUCGUGCUGCCGUGUGGUGCCGGCAAGACCCUGGUGGGUAUCACGGCGGCCUGCACGAUCAAGAAAGGCACCAUGGUCCUGUGCACCAGUUCCAUGUCCGUGGUGCAAUGGCGAAACGAGUUCUUGCGGUGGUCGAACAUCGAUCCGGGCGACAUUGCCGUCUUCACCUCGGACAACAAGGAGAAGUUUCGCCGGUCGACCGGUAUCAUCGUUUCCACCUACUCCAUGGUGUCUCAAACGCGGGCGCGCUCCCACGAUGCGCAGAAGAUGAUGGACUGGAUUCAAGGGCGUGAAUGGGGUCUGAUGAUCCUCGACGAGGUGCACGUUGUGCCUGCUUCCAUGUUCCGAAAGGUCACAUCCGCCAUCGCUUGUCAGAGCAAGCUGGGGUUGACUGCCACCCUGCUGCGUGAAGACGACAAGAUCAAGGAUUUGAACUUCCUGAUUGGUCCGAAGCUGUACGAAGCGAACUGGAUGGAGCUGGCCGAGCAAGGGCACAUCGCCAAGGUGCAAUGUGCCGAAGUGUGGUGCCCCAUGACCACCGAGUUCUAUUCGGAGUACAUGCGGGAGAAGUCCCGAAAAGCCGCCUUGCUGUACAUUAUGAACCCGCGAAAGUUCCAGGCGUGUCAAUUCCUGAUUGAUUACCACGAGAAGCGCGGGGACAAGGUCAUUGUCUUCUCGGACAACGUCUAUGCUCUCGAGCGGUAUGCGCUCAAGCUGAACAAGGCCUACAUUUACGGGGGCACCCCCCAGAACGAGCGCAUGCGCAUUCUCGAGAACUUCCAGCACAACGAGCAGGUCAACACGAUCUUCUUGUCCAAGAUCGGCGAUACCUCCCUUGAUCUGCCGGAAGCCACCUGUCUGAUCCAGAUCUCGUCGCACUACGGUUCGCGGCGUCAGGAGGCUCAGCGCUUGGGACGGAUUCUGCGGGCCAAGCGUCGUAACGACGAAGGCUUCAACGCGUUCUUCUACUCCCUGGUGUCGAAAGACACGGACGAGAUGUUCUAUUCCUCCAGGCGGCAGGCAUUCUUGGUCGAUCAGGGCUAUGCCUUCAAGGUGAUCACCCAUCUGCAGGGGAUCGAGAACCUGGAAGGCCUGGCCUAUGCCACCCCGGCGGAACGACGCGAGCUGCUGCAGGAGGUGAUGCUGCAGAACGAGACGUCGGCGGAGGUCGAGCACGUCAACGACGAUCUGUUCUCCUCGCGCUCGGGAGGGGCGCGGGCUCGCAAGGGCGCCGUCAAGCGGAGCGCGGCGACUCUCAGUGGGCUGGCGGGUGGCGAGGAUAUGGCCUACAUCGAGUACAACCGCAGCCGGAACAAGCAGCUCAAGGACAAGGCCGGCCACCAUCCUCUGUUCCGGAAGAUGGAGCGGGAGCGACUGAAACGGAAGAAGGAGUUGGAGGACUUCGUGCGUUAGCUAUUCUGUUAUAUGGUAGAAGUCUGGCAGAAUGAAAUAGCUUCGCCAUGGUGCUAUAUAGUGG